UCUACUUUCCAUUUCAACAGUUUUCGGUAGGAGAAAAGAUACAUUUAAAUGUUUAGUUAAUAAAGGUUUUUAUAAUAUUUUGCUUCUAACAUUCACUUAGAACUGUGUUAGCCAAGACUUAUAAUACGUUUACAUAUAUGUAAGUAGGUGAUCUACUUUUUCGUGCUUAACUCCCAAUCCGUAAUUAAAAACCGAGAUUUCCCAUAUGUUGCCGACUUAAGCAACCCGUAAAAAUUUACGAAAUAGAGCAACUCUGCGCGAAAUUAUCACUUGUCAUUAUAACUAAGCUUUACUCUUUUAUAUCGCUCAUUUCAUUUUUAUCUGUGCACGCGGACACAUAUAAGGUUUAAUUGAAAGAAAUAAAGAAUAAGAGAGGAAAACUAAGGUUUUUUAAAGCAUCCAUCAAAGAAGCUAUUAAAAAUUAGAAUCCUCUUUUCUUUACAACAAAAUCUUAAAAAAACCUUAUUAAAUGAUGGCGGAAUUAAACGGUGCUCCAGCAACGCUAAACACAAUGGCUGAAGAAGUUGUAGUGCAAAAUGGUUAUGGCGACGGUAGCAGUCUCAGCGCACCACAAGAAUUGAUAAUCCAUAGCAGAAAAAAACAGCUCCGUUUACAGCAACUAGAAGAGACCAUGCGUUUAAGAGAAGAGUAUUUGCGGGAAAAAUUUCGCAUUUUAAACGCAGAAGAUGCAGACGAGGAAGUAGAUAUUGUCAACGAAGGCCCAUGUGUUAUUGGCCCCACCAAAAUGUGUGGAACUAAUGUGAGCGGUAACACAGCAUUUUCUCCUACUCCAGUGCAGCCUGUACAAAAUAACAGAACCAACAUAUGUCCAGCGCGUGAGGUACCGGUACAUACAGUUAUGCAGUCACCACGUCAGCCGUCGACGCGGACUGCGGCAGAGCGUAGUCAGGCCUUACAUGUAGACUGCAACGGUAAUUCGGUUCACAGCACCAACAAGUACAGCACGUUCGCCAAAUCAGGUAUUCGCAACUCAAUCAGCCGAUACCUGUAAUUUUACGACUUCGCAGUUUGCAGCGCGGCAAUGCGUGCCAAAAGACUUGCCGGUAUUUAGCGGUGACCCCCAAGAAUGGCAUAUUUUUGUUAGUGCAUAUGAACAGAGCACACAAAUGGCUGGUUACUCUCAUCAUGAGAAUUUAGUUCGCCUUCAAAAAUGUCUACGUGGUAAGGCUAGGGAGGUCGUGCGAAAUUUACUGGUAUUACCGGAGAUGGUACCUGAUAUUAUAAAUACGCUCAGAAUGUAUUUUGGACGCCCUGAGCAAAUACUUAUUGAGUACUUAUUGAUAGGGCGCGUCAAUUACCAUAGCCUAAGGGUAAACUUGAUCUACUCAUCGACUUUGCAUUUGCUAUCAAGAAUAUAGUAGCAAUAAUUCAUGCAAGCAAACUAAGCGGUUACCUCAACAGCCCAUUACUAUUCCAGGAAUUCGUUGAGAAGCUCUCUCAGGAGUCAAAACUUAACUGGGCAAUUUAUUCAACUGGCAUGAAUAACCCUUGCUGGAAGAUUUUUCUACCUGGUUGCCCACAUUGGCUGAAGAAGCUUGCCGUGUUACGAAUCCAGCAUCACUCUCAGAGAAACUUAACAAGCGUGAAGCUCAUUUGCACACGCAUAAAUCUGAUGCCGUUUUAAAACAAUACGAAGAAGCAAAAUCUAUGCCCAGAUGCGCAGUAUGUAAUAACCCGCAUAAGGUUCCUCAGUGUGACCGGUUUAAAGCACUCACUAUGAAUGAGAGAUGGGACUUUGUUAAGAGGAAAAAUCUAUGCCACCAGUGUUUGGGAACACACUCUCGCCGCUGCUGGAGUAAUAAGUCGUGUGGGGUGGAUAGCUGUACAAUACGUCACCACAGACUCCUUCACAAU